UAGUCAAAGGGACUUGCUAGGUAUACCGCAGAUUGACAAAAAAUAUAACGAGGUGGGGUCAGAGACGGCCAUGGCCGGCUUCUUUAUAUACACAAUGAUUCAGUGUUGGAUGAAUCAUGCUUUGGUCGUUUUAUACAAUGGAGAGACUGGUGUCGUUCCUGAGAGUUCCCUUGGUUUUGUUGUUGCUAGUGCGUUGUGUUGCAAUUCAUGUAGGAGGACAUGGAGUUGGCGAGCAGCCGCUGUCCAAGAUCGCCAUCCAUAGGGCCCUCUACGCCCUUCAUGAUAAUGCCUCCAUUAAAGGUGAACCGGUCCUUCUCGGCAUCAAGGGGGAAGAUUCUCAGUGGAUAACAGUGAAAAUUGAGAGUCCUGGCCCUUCUGAAGAUGAUUGGGUCGCUGUCUUUUCUCCAGCAAAGUUCAACUCAUCUACCUGCCCAUCCGAUGAUGAACCAAGACAGCAGACUCCAUAUAUUUGCUCAGCUCCAAUAAAGUACAAGUUUGCCAACGAUUCCACUGCCGAUUAUACAGAGACAGGGAAAGCAUCUUUGAAAUUUCGAUUGAUCAAUCAGCGGUCAGAUUUCUCAUUUGCAUUAUUCUCAGGCGGUUUGUCAAAUCCAAAAUUGUUGGCAGUAUCAAAUACUAUAGCUUUUGUGAAUCCAAAGGCACCUCUCUAUCCUCGCCUCUCCCAAGGGAAGUCUUGGAAUGAGAUGACAGUAACCUGGACCAGUGGCUAUAACGUUAUUGAGGCUGUACCGUUUGUUGAGUGGGGUCUAAACGGAGAACCUCAAUCUCAAUCGCCUGCUGGAACAUUGACUUUUAGUCGAAAUUCCAUGUGUGCUCCACCGGCACGGACAGUUGGUUGGCGUGAUCCUGGUUUCAUCCAUACAAGUUUCUUAAAAGAAUUGUGGCCAAACUCACUGUACACUUAUAAGCUUGGCCAUAGGUUAUUUAAUGGUUCCUAUAUCUGGAGCAAAUCUUAUUAUUUCAAGUCAUCGCCAUAUCCAGGGCAGGACUCAUUACAGCGUGUUGUAAUAUUUGGCGACAUGGGAAAGGCUGAACGUGAUGGUUCUAAUGAGUACAGUAAUUAUCAGCCAGGGUCAAUCAAUACCACCGAUCAACUUAUCAAAGACUUGGAUAACAUCGACAUAGUUUUUCACAUUGGAGACAUCACCUAUGCAAAUGGAUACAUAUCGCAGUGGGACCAGUUCACAUCACAGGUCGAGCACAUUGCAUCAACAGUACCAUAUAUGAUUGCAAGUGGCAAUCAUGAACGAGAUGUACCAGGGACAGGAUCCUUCUAUGACUCUAAUGAUUCAGGUGGUGAAUGCGGUGUCCUUGCCGAGACCAUGUUUUAUGUUCCUGCUGAGAACAGAGCCAAGUUUUGGUAUUCAACAGAUUAUGGCAUGUUCCACUUCUGUAUAGCCGACAGCGAACAUGAUUGGAGGGAGGGUACUGAACAGUACAGAUUCAUAGAGAACUGUCUCGCAUCAGCCGAUAGACAAAAACAGCCAUGGUUGAUCUUUGCUGCUCAUCGUGUGCUUGGUUAUUCCUCCACACAAUGGCAGGAUGGCUCAUUUGGGGAGCCCAUGGGAAGGGAAAGCUUGCAAAAGCUCUGGCAGAAGUACAAAGUAGACAUUGCAUUCUUUGGCCAUAUCCAUAACUACGAGAGAACAUGCCCCAUUUACCAGAAUCAGUGUGUGAAUAAAGAAAGAUCUCACUACUCAGGCACAGUAAAUGGAACAAUCCACAUAGUUGUUGGAGGGGGAGGGAGCCACUUGUCAGAAUUUGGGCCAGUUCAGCCCAAUUGGAGUGUUUACAGAGAUCCUGACUUUGGCUUUGUCAAACUGACUGCAUUCAAUCACUCAUCCCUUCUGUUCGAGUACAAAAAGAGCAGUGAUGGAAAGGUUUAUGAUUCCUUCACCAUUUCCAGGGACUACAGGGAUGUGUUGGCCUGUGUACACGAUGGCUGUGAACCCACCACAUUAGCUUAAUGCGAUUUAUUGCUGUAUGAUUUGAUGAUCUUAUGAGAAGUGAACAUUCAUAAGUGAUUGUUGCAAAUGAGU